AUGCCUCUCAACUACUCCAAGUGGGACAACCUCGAGCUCUCCGAUGACUCGGACAUCGAGGAGCACCCGAACGUCGACAAGAAGUCGAUGAUCCGCUGGCGCCAGCGCGACAUCCACGAGAAGCGUGAGCAGCGCCGCCUCCUCAUCCUCAAGCUCAACUCUGAGUUGGCCCUCAAUGGCGUGCUGCGUCCGCGUAUCGUCUCCGUCCUCGACGGCGUCAAGACUAAGGGCGUAUUGCACUACCGCGCCGUCCAGCGGCGAAUGAAGGAGCAGCCGUCGCCCGACAAGCCGGCAACUGGGGCACCGAACCAGCCGACGUACGACAUGAUGAUGGGUCAGCUUCUCGGCGACGUGUGGCGCGAGGCGGCGUGGCUCGUCGACGGAGACGCCGAGGUCGAGAACGGCGUGGUUAUGAAGGGGGGAAAGAAGGUCGACGAGAAGAGCGGGGAGCCGGCUUGGGCUAACGAAGCGACCGUGCCGGACACCAAGGCCGAGGUUAUGGCACAGGCACUUGCUGAGCGGCUGGGCUGGCACAUCAAGGCUCUUGACAAGCGUGACGGCGACGUGCGUGCCGAGAUUAAGAAGGAGGAGGAGGAGGGCAAGAAGAAGAUUACGAGCGAGGAUAUCCAUGAAGGUUUCAACAGCUCGGCGGUGAGCAAGGCGGCACCGGGUCCACUCGAUAAGCCCCAGGCCAAGCCUAGCUCGCCCAAGAAGGAGACGGUGCAGGAGAUCGAGGUGCUGAACCCCGGAGCAUCAGCGGCCAAGGCCACAGCACCAGAGGAGGAGGACGAGUCCGAGUACGGUACGAUGACGCCUGCGCUGCGCAAGUUUGUCAACAUCCCGCUCGGCGCGUUCGACCAGUCGUACAAGUUUAUCCAGAACGACUCGUCGGUUCUCACGGAGAAGGCGCACAACGCUGUUCUGUUGGAGGCGUUUGAGGCUGAGCGGAUGGGCGACAAGGGCCUGGCGCGCCGCUGUGUCCACCAGUCUCUGAUCAUCAACUACUGCCGCGAACUGGGCCGUGACGGCGUCGGACUCUUCUUCCAGCGCAUGAUCUCGCACAACCCCAAGUCUCUCAAGAUGUUCGCGGACGACUUCUCCCGCACCUACGGCCACAUUGAGCGGCGAGUUGUCGAGCUCGCCAAGGAGGCGGCCGAGGAUGACGGUGAGCGCGAGCAGAUUCAGCUCGUCGCAGAGGACCCCAACAUGAAGAUCGGGUUCAACUUGCCCGACGGACCGCCUCCGGCUGACCUGCGCGUUGAGGGCGAGGGCGCAGAACAGCUGGACAUGGAACAGGUGCGUGCGUUCCUCCAGCUCAAGUGGGAGUUGUUUGAGGCGUUCCCCGCUCCGCUCAAGGCGGCACUCCAGACGGAAAAGUUGGAUGAGGUCAACAAGGUCCUUGCCAAGAUGAGUGUUGCCGAGGCCGAGGAUGUCGUCGAGAAACUCCAGGAGGGCGGCAUGCUCAGCUUUAGCGAGGCCGGCGUGCGCGACAUGACGUAG